AUGGUUGGUUACAUGGUUUUAUAUCGGUGGUUCUUCUUUAUAUUUGCGUUCUUCCAGUACGAAUAUGCACACAGUGCGUCGUCCGAAACUAUCGUUCCCGACGGCAACGACUUCACUCAAGUUAAAAUGGCCGUCAUCCUUCCAAAAGACACUGACCAGCCACCAGAAAUACGACACUAUCCAUACAGGUUUGAAAUGGUAUGUCCUGCAAUCGACAUCGCCGUUGAGGGGAUUAAAUCGCAAGAAGAUUUCUUCGGAGGACGAAAUGUAACUCUGGCUAUUAGAAAGGCCGAUUCAGCUUGCUCUAAUCUCGUAUCUCCGAUUCGCGCCGUGGAAUUCAUUACGGAGAAACAAGUGGACGUAUUUUUCGGACCAGCGUGUGACUAUGCCGCCGCAGCCGUCGCCAGAUUCGCCGCUCACUGGGAUAUACCUUUUUUGACGACUGGCGCCAAAGCGAAGGAAUUCGGCAUGAAAGACAUGGCCGAUUUUAGUACCUUAACUCGGGUACACGGCCCCUUCUUGAAAAUGGCCGAAUUUACUAUGUCAAUUUUCCGUCAUUUCCAGUGGAAUACAACCGCGAUUCUUCAUAAUGACAAAGACGUGUCUCUGUACAGAGACUGCUGGCUGUUCGGCGGUGCCCUGUUUCAUUUGUUUCACGGAGCCGGUUGGUACGACCCUGGCAAGGACUACGCUGGGUACCAAAAAUUUAUUGAGGAGGACGAUCCUGAUUAUACAGAAAUACUCAAGGAAACGGUGAUACCAAAUGCUAGAAGUAAGUUUUGUUCUCAUUAUCGCUGA